AUGGCGAUCGCUGCUGAAUUUCUGCCUAAAGAGUACGGAUAUGUCGUUUUGGUCCUCGUCUUCUACUGCUUCCUCAACCUUUGGAUGGGUGCUCAAGUCGGUGGAGCUCGCAAAAGGUAUAACGUGCCGUAUCCAACUCUGUAUGCUAUUGAAUCAGAAAACAAAGAUGCUAAACUCUUCAACUGCGUUCAGAGAGGGCAUCAAAACUCUCUAGAGAAUAUGCCAAUGUACUUCAUACUCAUGAUCCUUGGUGGAAUGAAACACCCUUGCAUCUGUACUGUCUUGGGUUUGCUCUAUAAUGUUACUCGCUACUUCUACUUUAAAGGUUACUCUACUGGAGAUCCCAUGAAGCGCCUUACCAUAGGGAAAUACGGUUUCUUGGGAUUGUUUGGUUUGAUGAUAUGUACCAUCUCGUUUGGUGUCACUCUGAUCCGUGCUUGA